AUGCGGUUGCUCUUGGUAUUCGGUUGUGUCUUGGCUGUGGCCCUCGCGGCUGAAUACAGAACUGUAAGAGCAGCUACUGACGGCAGAUAUGAUCCUAACUUAUAUGGAUCAGGUAAAUACGAAUCUGGAAAAUAUCAAGGCGGCAAAUACGACAAUUCUGGACGCUAUAUCCCAGACAAUUCUGGAUUAUACAAUGGCGACCGUGGUGACCGUGGCGGUGCUGGUGGAUUCUACACUGGAUCCUCUGACAAGGGAGGUCCAGGAGGUUUCUACGUAGGCAACAAGGAUGACAUCGAAAAGUACAGGCCCGAAAAAGAAGUCAGCGUAAAAGUGCCAGUCCCAGCCACAGCCGCGCCUGUUAAAACAGCCGCACCAGUCACCACAGCCGCCCCUGUCUACGUUACCGUGCCUGUCACUUACAAGCCAGUGUACAACACCCCUGUCCCAGUAAUACCAAAAGUGGUCACCCCUGGAACUUACGACUACAAAUACGGAAUCAUCCGUCAAGAUGGCGACGUCCUCCCCGACGGCUAUCACUACCUGUACGAGACAGAGAACAAAAUCCUCGCCGAGGAAUCUGGUCAAAUUGAGAAGGGCAAUGAUUUCGAAGGCAUGAGGACUAAAGGAUUCUACGAAUACGUCGGCCCAGACGGUGUCACCUACAGAGUGGACUACACAGCUGACGAAAGAGGCUUCAUCGCCAGCGGCGCCCAUUUACCCUAA